GCUAACCUUAAUUUCCCUGGUCAAUGGCGGAUUUCAAAUCCUCAGGAUGUUUGUGACAUGUACAUACAUACAUACCUUGAAAGUAUAGAACACCAGCAACCCCCAUUUCAUUUCCUCUUCCACCACGUCCUUCGUAUUCAUCAUUGCGAAUGAAGGUCUUGUUCAGCUCUCGGUCAACCCGAUUGCUCCCAUUUUAACUCGCAGUGGUCUUGACUGAUGCAGUGCCUUGGCAUUCUUCCUCUUUUCUGACAUCGCCACCAGACGGAACGUCAGAAAAAAGUACAUUCCCCCAUUCACAAGAAUCUCAUCAGCCGUUAGCAAUCACCUAUGGAAAUAUACAAGAAGGCGGUGGAAUACACGAAUGGGGUCUUUAUAGAUACCACACCACCUUCAGUCUAACGCCGAGCACAUCACUCACCAGCCUUUGUCCCAUGGCUUACUAUCUUGUUACCCUGUGCUGCGUCUUCGCAACUCUGGGUUCUUUUCUCUUUGGUUAUGAUGCCGGUGUAAUUUCGUCCACCCUUGAUCAAGAGGAUUUUCAGAAUCGCUUUAAUCAUCCCUCUGACGCCGCCACGGGUGGUAUAGUCGCUUCUUACAAUGGGGGCGCAAUUAUAGGUUCUGUUCUGGUCUCAUACAUCUCUGAUCCAUAUGGACGGCGUCCCGUCAUCUUCAUUGGAGGCCUUCUGGGAAGCUUGGGUGCAGCAUUGCAAGCUGGUGCCGUAACUGUCGCCAUGCUCAUUGCAGGCCGAUUGAUUGCCGGUAUGGCUGUAGGCUUGAUGUCAUCUGCUAUUCCAGUAUACUGUAGUGAGGUUUCUCCUCCCCAUAUACGCGGCUUUCUGGGCUCUAUGCAACAAUGGAUGAUCGGGUUGGGGUUUGUUGUCGCUCAAUGGACUGGAUAUGGCUGCUCCCUUCACACCGGUGCUAUUACCUGGAGACUCCCACUGGCCAUCCAAGCUGUUCCCGCCGUGAUCCUCUGUUGUGGUGUAUGGUGUCUUCCUGAGUCUCCGCGCUGGCUGAUCGAGAAAGGCCGCGCUGAAGCGGGUCGAGAGGUCCUUGCUCGCUUACAUCUAAACCGGGACAGGUCAAAUACUCACAUGGUUGACACCGAGAUCGCCCAGAUCAACGACAGCAUUGCCGAGGAACGACAUUCUGCCGUACACUCCUGGCGUGAGCUUCUAUUCCAGGCUCGCUGGCGCCAUCGCCUGUUACUUGGAUGCGGCAUCCAAGCGUUCACCCAAUGCUCAGGUACCAACAUCAUCUCGAACUACAAUCCAGGCCUGUACAGGACGCUAGGACUGGAGGGCACAACCCCGCUCAUGCUACAGGGGAUAUGGGGUGCCCUGGCUCAGUUCUGGAAUACCGUGUUCAUGCUUUUCAUUGACCGUGUGGGUCGUCGUAAGCUGCUCAUCCCUUCCCUACUCGGCAUGGGUGCCACCAUGUGCAUAGAAGCGGCCUUAGCCCAGGCCAACGGCGGGUUUCGCGACCCAUCUGCCAACCCGGAUGCUGUCCGUGCCGCGAUUGCUAUGUUCUUUGUCUUCUCAAUCUUCUUUACCAGCCUUGGCCUUAUCUCCUGGAUCUAUCCGUCUGAGAUCUUCCCGACAGCAAUCCGCGCCCGCGGCUCAUCGCUGGCAACCGCUACUAACUGGAGUCUGAACCUUGUCUUCGCGCAAUGCACGCCAAUUGCGAGGUCGAGCAUGGGCUUCAAUUACUUCUAUUGCUUCUUUGCUUUUAAUUGGGUGGCCGCUGCCAUCACUUGGGCCUUUUACCCUGAAACUGCUGGCAAGUCGCUUGAGGAGGUAGAGCAUAUCUUCUCAUCCGGCUCUCAGGAUGAUAUUCGACGUCCUGAGCCGGACCCAAAGAACAAUGUUGUCGCUGUCUCGAACCCUGCAGACAGCGACUGGUCUAGGGAGAACCUGGGGCUUAGCUGCCAUGCAAAAAUGUCAUAGUAGAUAUAGACCAAAAUAUGUACUAGUAUAUGUAGAUCAUGAUAGUUUCUGUUCAAAACCAAGAAAGAAAGAGAGAACAAAGAAGUACGGAUGUUGUAACCGCUCGCUA